GGGAGAGGUAUAAGAGGGGCGUAGAGGAAAUGCACCGGGCACUCUGUCAUGACCAAGAGUCAGGACGGAUCUCUUAAAGCUAAACGCUUAAUUUUGGAACUGAUGGAGCAGCUUGGAUGUCACAUUGACUAAAGGGCUCCUUUAGUGAUGCAACUCUUUAGGCUGUGAAAAUAAGUCUACAAAAUGGACAACAUUACUGCUAACCACAAUUUGGGACUCAAUCUCACGUGUAACAUGACCGGGAACCACAAAUUCAUCUUCACGUUCAUUCCCAUUGUCUACAGCUGCAACUUUAUUAUCGGAAUUGUAGGCAACAGCCUGGUAGUCGCUGUCAUCUACUUCUGUUUGAAACUGAAGACUGUUGCCAACAUAUUUGUUUUGAACUUAGCCGUGUCAGACUUGACUUUCCUCCUAACCCUGCCCAUUUGGGCCACAUACACGGCAACAGGCUACCAGUGGCUUUUUGGAAGCUUCCUAUGUAAAGCCAUUGCUGGCAUGGUUCUCUUUAAUCUAUAUACUAGUGUUUUUUUCCUCACCGCUCUCAGCAUUGACCGGUAUCUGGCGAUCGUUCAUCCCGUCCGGUCCCGGCGGUGCCGUACGGUGGUCUACGCCCGUGUGACGUGUAUCCUGGUUUGGGUAGUUGCUUUUCUUUUAAGCCUGCCCACAUCCCUCAUCCGUAAAACCCACUUAAUCCAGAAUAUCAAUGUCACUGUAUGCGCCAUCCUAGACAAAGGAGAUAUUCCCAAUGUGCUGGUAACUCUCAGUCUGAUGAAAAGUGUUCUUGGGUUCAUUCUGCCCAUCACCAUCAUCCUCACGUGCUACUGCCUGAUCGGUCGGGCUCUGCUCAAAGCGCGGGACAUUCAGAGGAAUUCGAGAUCGAACGGGGACGAGGUCUUGAGCAUGCUGGCCGCCGCUGUGCUGUCGUUUUUCCUUUGCUGGGCACCGCAUCAGAUCUUCAACUUCAUGGACAUGCUUCUUCUGCUGAAAGUGAUCAUCAACUGCGACGUCAUUGAGAUCAUUGACACCGGAAUGCCGUUCACCAUAUGCAUUGCCUUUUUCAACAGCUGUAUGAACCCAAUCCUGUACGGUUUUGUUGGGAAGAACUUUCGCAAGAACUUGCUGAAGCUGUUGAAGUGUUCCUCGAAUUCUGUGGUCUCUCACCCCACCCUCAGUUCCAAGAUGAGCUCUCUCUCGUAUCGAGCCACGGAGUCUUUCCACCUCUCUGUCGUUAAAACCUCCUCACUACCUAAACCCACAUGAGAAAACCAGGAAAACAAGAAGGGAAUGAAUCUCCAAUGAUUCAUCCUUUUAAACUCAUUGAUUCAAUUCAGAAGGUAACUCUUGUUUAUUGUGUUCUGUCCAUUGAUACUGGAAUGGGAACAACUAUAGUGAUUAUUACUCUUUCUAAAAGUCUUUUUGGGUGUAUGUGUAAGUUCAGUGUAAAUACACUAUAAACUGUCAUUACUGAUAUGCUGGUCUAUGUAAAUUUUGUCCCACUGCAUUUUGUCAAAGCAAUUUUAUCAACGCUAAUCUCACCCCAAGGCGUCACCUUUGACCAUGCUUCAAUAUUUGACGCUUUAGGUGCCCUUUAACGUCAGUUACAU